AUGAACAAGACCAAGGUGCACCCCAACGUCGCAGCUGCUUCUCCGGCGGUACCAGCGGCGGCGGGGGAGAAGGGAGAGGCGGUGUCGCUCACCGUGUGGCGGCGGUCGCUGCUGUUCAACGGCAAGGGGUUCACGGUGUUCGACACCAACGGCAACCUCGUCUUCCGCGUCGAGACCUACGCCCGCGGCGGCUCGCCCCGCGAGGUCGUCCUCAUGGACGCCGAGGGCGUCGCCCUCCUCACCGUCCGCCUGCAGAAGCUGAGUCUGGCGGAGGAGUGGCUCGUCUACGACGGCGACGGCGACGAGCCGGCGCCAAGGCGGUUCACGGCGCGGCGGAACAGGAGCCUGCUCCGGACCAAGUCCCUCGCUCGCCUGUCGCCGCCGCGAUCGUUGGACGGCACUGGGGAUGUGCCUGGCUGCCGGUACGAUGUGGAGGGCUCGUACGCCGGCCGCAGCCUCGACAUGUUCGCCUGCACUUCCUCCGCCUCCGGCGGCAAUCAGCGGCGGCGCGUGGCCUCGGUGUGCCGGAAGGAAGCCGCCGUCGGCCUGGACGUGUUCAGGCUGGUGGUGGAGCCAGACUUGGAGCCGGCGCUGGCCAUGGCCGUGGUCAUUCUCCUCGAUCAGAUGAACGCGUCCUGA